UUGUCCUGGCGUUAUGAGAGUUUUUCCGGUUAUUUACAACACCGGGAAAUUUUUUGCGUGGGCGCACUUCAGCAUGGGUGCCCUGUGUUUAUCUAUUGCCAGGCCUCCAACCACGGGUCAUGUGGAACCGACAUGAGGAGCCACUUUUGGUAUUUGUAAAUAUACACAAAAGUCAGUAAAUAACUCAGCAUUUUAUCAGACCAUAGGUGCAUAUUCCAGCUCAAGAAAAGAAGUUAGUCGAAUUCUUUUAAAAGCCACCGCCAUCUGGCGAUGUUUCGUUUCGUCAGCGGAUGGACGGAAGCAAACUUGAUGUAGAUAUGGUGUUUUCAUUUGCGCACGGAGAUUUUGGUAUUCGGAAUGUGUGUUGUUUUAGCUUUGAAAAUGAAAAUUACUCAGCAAGCAGCUGAUGGUGGUGCUAGCUAGCUGAUGAAGAGUGCAAAAUUGUGUACUGAUGGACUUAAAUAGAAGUUCACAUAUUAACAGAACUGAUGAGGUUUUUACAACUGAGGUUUUGCCAAACCCAACAGACAAACAAAUGUACCAGGCCCCUGAAAAUGGAGUGCUUCUUGUUGAUUUAGAUGAUGAUUUGUCUCUUGGUGCUGAUGCUCGGGUAUUUUCCUCAUCUGGGUCAGUUGGAACGACAGUGACCUCCCCUGGAAGUUCAAGUCUAUCUACUGGGUUUAAUUAUGAAUCGUCUAGUGAGAGCACAGGAUACCCAGAAAGUCACAGACUCCUUAGAAAACUGGAUGGCGUGGAGAGGCUUAACAGCAUCGAAAGCAGCGUGUCCGAUUUAUCAGACUUCAGCAGGACCUCCCAUGAUGUGAGUUCACUGCUGAACGCAAUGACCGUGGAUCCAGAGGAAUUUCUCGCGGAUCUCGGAUUUGCUGAAUCAGACAUGCGCAUGCGUAUUCCAGACAGAUUUCUUGAGUCACCCUCACAAGCGCAGGGUAUUGAUGUGGAGACAUUUCGGCGCAGCUUGGAACAGGACGAUCUGUAUGGAUCGUCGUCUCAAGACUCUCCGGUAUGGUCGGACCCAGGCUCCAGUAGGAUCCCUCUCAGGUUCAUCGCGUCUCACGCGGAGCCAAUAAGCCCGGUGUUUAGUGGGGGCAUUGGUUCUAUACCCCUCAUUUCCGAACCGGAAGAAGUCCCCGAGGACUCGUUUGACCUGAUGAGGCACCUAAGACUGAACAAGCCACAGCACGUGACCAAAGGAAUGUUUCUAGAACCGGUCACGGAAGAACUGGAAGUUUCGUCUGUUGGAAGUGGCACCGUAAGAACAAAGAUAUCUAGAAAACUUUCAAACGAAGAAGGAACAAUAAUUGUACGCGAGGAAUCUCUAGAACAAGCUGGGAAUGUAGAAUCAGAAUUGUUUCUGAGUGUUCCAGUUAUAGGAAGCGAGCAAACAGGCUUUGAUUCCAACGAGACAAACCUAACGACAGACGUUGAGAUAGUUGCCAAUGAGUCAGGGGUCUUUGUAAAUGUAGACGUUGAAGAAGACACCAGUGUUUUUCUUCCUGAAAGUGCUGUGUUGGCUUACUCAGUGAAAUCUUCAAGCGAGGUCGUUAAUUCAAGUAAUGACAGCAUAGAGAGUUUUCAAUGCGAGUCGAGUGUAAGUGAUUAUGAUAAUCAAGAUCUAGCCGUUGAAACAGAGGAGACAGUCGCAGAUGUUACGCCAGCCUCGGCAGUCCCUGCCCGCUUAAGAGUCGCUAACAUUGUUGUGCAGGAUUCUUUUGAACUCGAGGAAAUCGGAAAUGAGGAAUUCAACGAAAAAGAAUUGUCAGCUUCAACAGAUCAAGAAAACAGUCUAGUUGUCAAGUCUUCGGAAAAGCGCCUGGUGCGAGAAAAUAGCGGAGAAAGCAGCGGUUUUGAAGAAAUGCUCCUUGACAAAGAAUCAGCUAGUCCAAGUUCAUCUUCACCGAUUCUCAAGGCAAAGGAAUUUCCCAGUGUUGCACAUGUUAUUGUGAGUGAUAGAAGACCUUUGCAAGCACUAUUGGAUCCUGAAAUGUUAAGCUUGGCUGUGGAAGAAAAAUCCCCGCGAGCGACUUUCGCGCAGAGAAGAACAAAGUCCUUGACUAAACAACGACCCAUUGACGAGGAAACGUAUGUAUCAUGGGCCUUUAGUCCCAGGCCAUCUGCGGGAAAAUAUGUUGAUGAUAGUCUAGGCACUGGUGUAAGCCACGAAGAGUCGAAUACAGCAUUGGCGUGUGAAGAUACUGGGUCGAGUCUUCUCGUGGAUAGUGCUGAGGAACCAGUGAUUGAGUAUUUGAAUUCUACCCUACGUAGUUGUGUUGGUGAAACAGACGAAAACUGUAACAGAAUGUCAAAAAUUGAGUCUGUAAAACUGCCGGUAGCUGUUGAACCUUCUAAGUUAGAAGAAAGUAAUAGCAGUUUUGAAAAACAAGGCGAGACACUAGCGGGAAGCUUUGAAAACAUAAUCCAAACCAAUAAAGAUUCCUCUAGUCAUCCUGAUGAUACCAAUAGUGCGAUGAGAAAAUCUGAGUUUAGCUUUCAUCUUCGAAGUGAGGAAGCUCUUAAUGGCGAAGAAAAUAUCUCACACUCAAGCUUAUCAGAAGAGGAAUUAAUCGCACAUGAAGGUGCAUGUGAAAGUAAGCGAGAUGUCUCUAAAAUGACAGAUUCCUGUUUUUCUGCCCAAGGAGAUGAACCUAACACGCAUAUUCAACAGGAAGAGGAAUCUCAGACAUCUUUGUCUGAAGAAAGCGAAUCAGCUGGUGCAUGCGCAGAAGUAAGACAGAGGGAAGAAUCCCAAAAGGCCUUGCAAAAGAUUGAUUCCGAAUGUCAACAGCAUUACCUUCAUGAAAUUAACGUUCUCGAGCAGAGCAUCCAAAAGUACGAAUCCCACUUGUCUUGUGAAGGACCGCUGGAUGGAGUCAGAGCCUCGAGUUACACUAAACAUAUGCUUGUACGUAUAACAGAAGAAGUGAACGCCAUUCACGAGCUUCGUUUAUUGAUCAGUUCAGAACUGGAAAGGAUGAGGUAUUUACUCUCGGAGCGACGGAAAAUGCUGCUUGCGGGAGCUACAAGGAGUCCUGUUUGUUCUGGCGUAACUCAAAAGGUAACUUUACCUACAGAAGUUCAACAACUUCACUGAAACAGAGUCUCGACUCCUGGAGUACUUGAAUGAACCCCAUUGUGUGACCAUUCAAAUGAAAGCUAUUGAGCAACACUUUCACGUGGUACUGUUUAUUAUGCUGUAAAAGGUGGUUCCAACGUUUAAGUCUGUGUCUGUGAAACCCUAGUAUGUGACCAGAUUCAAAUGAAAGCUAUUGAGCAAUACUCUCAUGUGGGGUUCUUUAUUAUGCUGCAUAAGUCUGUGGAUGAAACCCUAGUGUGUGACCAUUCAAAUGAAAGCUAU